AUGGGUGCAGUGAUGUCCACUGCAAACGUAUGUUACUUGUUUGAAAUUUGUAGGAUGGUUUGGCUUCUCGAUGAUCACUGGGACCAUCAACACCGGGUGUACUUUAUGUCGGUCCAGCAGCGGGAGUUUCAACCUCUGAAGAUUCGGUCUCACGGGGUCAACCUUGGGGGGAUGCGCUAUGAUGAGCGGUACACACCGUAUGUAAGGGAGACAGGACUCCUUCCUUUCAUUCAGUUGGUCAGCCGAUCGACACCACCCCUCAAUGCCGUAGCAAUCACCGCGCUUGUUGAUCGUUGGAGGCCGGAGGCACACAGUUUCCAUCUUCGGACCGGGGAGAUGACCGUGACGCUCCAGGAUAUUGCUAUGAUCACCGGUCUUCCUAUCGAGGGGAAUCCUCUUUGUAUGAGCACCAAUUCUGAUGGGUGGCGCGAGCAGAUGCAUGCCCUUAUCGAUAUGGUUCCUCCGGAGCCUCGGGAACCAGAAGCAGAAGACAAGAAGAAGGAAAGAGUUGCAGUCGGUGCUCCUUUCACCUGGAUUGCAUGGAACUUUGGUUCUUGCCCUGAGGAUGCUAAUGAGGAUGAGGUCAAGACAUAUGCUCGUUUCUACAUGUGGUACGUUAUAUCCAGGACUAUGUUUGCCGAUGGCUCAAGCAAGAAUGCUCCAUGGAUGUGGCUGAAGGCGUUGACCGUCUUCGAUAGCGAAUGGAGUUGGGGUUCGGCGACACUGGCUUACUUAUAUAGACAGGUAGACAGACCUCAAAGGACGGAGGUGGAAUGGGAGCCGUAUGAAAAAGGGGAUAGUUUUGGUAACCCUGGAGAGUUCGUGCUGAAUCCGGUGUGCCUUAGGGAUAGGUUGGAUAGGAGAAGGCAACGAAAGAUCAAGGACUGGGACAGGCAUCACAGGAAGUAUAUCAUACAGUUCGCGCUUAGUGUGGAGCAAGCUAAGGCUGGAAAACGAUCCCAGAUUCGUGAGCACUCCCCGAUCGCGCUCAACAACUAUCUCACAUGGUUUCUUGCAAGUACCCGCGUGGAGAUAUGCAAGCCGGCGUAUGAUGAGGAGAUUUUGGAAGAUCCCACCGUCUUCGAUGAGCUAACCCAACACUAG